AUGGGACACACAGAGGGAGACACGGCAAGGCUCCGGCGGGAGGUUCGGACUCGUAACCCCAGGAAAGAAACUAAAGAGAUGGCAUCAGAUCUUAUGGACUCAAUGAAACAUUCUAUACCUGGUUCAACUUCUUGGCCAACUGAGGGACACCACAACGCUCAGCAAGAUCACUGUACACCUGCAGAAGAGCUACUUAAGUCAUCCGAGUGGAUAAGCAUGAGGAGAUUAGAAAUCAGUAGUCACGAAAUAUAUCAUGCUCGUACUGGACGACUGCGGAAGAACUUCUCCUCAGCCACGAGGGCAUCCUUGAUGCUCCGGUUCAAUAGAAUAUCCUGCUCAUUAUGA